UUCGGAUGCACUCACACUCACUCACUCACUCACACACAGCUGGAACAGCAGUCCAGUGAGGAAGGGCGCGCGCGGUUCUGCUCUGUUUCCCGACCACCAGCUUUUGGGUUGGACUUCAGGAUGUCUCGCGCGCUCCGGUUUAUUUGACCUCCCUCAUGUUGCUAUAAGAGAAGGAGCCAAGUGUUUUUGUUUUCUUUUCCCGUCCGCACUCUUAACGAGCCGAGCGCGCGCGCGAGAUGCCAGCAUGCGCCCGGUGACGCUUCCGCUGCUGCUCCUGGCCUGUCUCGCGCUCCGGAGGCCGGCGGCCGGCGUGGAGCGCAUAUCCGCGCGCGAGCGCUUCAAGGUGGUCAUCGCGCCGCUCAUCUGCAAGCGCACGUGCGAGCGCAACGGCCAGUGCCGCGACACGUGCGAGCAGGGCGACAACACGACGCUGAUCGGGGAGAACGGGCAGGCCGCCGACACGCUCACCGGACACGGCUUCAGAGUCGUGGUGUGUCCCCUGACCUGUGUAAAUGGAGGUGUGUGUAGUAACCGUACACACUGUCUGUGCCCGCCGGGUUUCACAGGCAGACUGUGUCAGUUUCCUCUCCGCACUCAGGCGUCACGCGGCAACAAGCAGCCAGUCUACACGCUACAGGUGAGGCCAGACGGUCCGGGUCUGUCAGAUUCGAGUGGAAAAGCCGGACGCCAGCAGCUCACACAGACACACUCAGUGUUCACUCUGCCACUGACCCAGGGCACCGGCCACCACUCGUCUGAGGUGCAGUUUAAUGUACGCGUCCACCACUCACCAGACACCUCAGUUGUCAUCCAACCUUUCGACCAAUCAGAGAGCAAGCUUCCGAAAGGAGUGACCCGCCUUCCUCCACAGACACAAAAGCCCAGGGGGCGCUGCUUUCAGGAGACCACGCCCAAGCAAGCUUGUAGCAGUAACCCUCUCCCUGGCCUGACUAAUCAGGAGGACUGCUGUGGCAGCGUGGGAAAUUCCUGGGGCCAAAACAAAUGCUACAAAUGCCCGAAGCUCCCAUAUGCCGGGAAGCCGCAGACGAUAAUCGAGGAAUUUGGCUCCACAUGCCCUCAAGGUUACAAAAGAUUAAACCGAACACACUGCCAAGAUAUUAAUGAGUGUACGAUGCAGGGUGUUUGUCAGAACGGCGAGUGUUUGAACACACAGGGAAGUUUUCGCUGCACCUGCAAACCUGGAUACGCCCUGAAAGACAGAACACGCUGUGUUGUGUUGGUUCAGGGUCCGUGUUUCCUCAUGGUGACGGAGGCGGGUCGCUGUGAACACGCUCUCUCUACAAACCUCUCGCGAGAGAUCUGCUGCUGCACCGUGGGCAAAGCCUGGGGCGCCAACUGUGAGCGAUGCCCAAAGGACGGCACCGCCUCCUUCAGUAAGAUCUGUCCUGCAGGAAAGGGAAUGUCGUACCUGCAGUAUCGUAGCACUUUAGCCAUCCAGACUGACAUCGGGCAGAUUCCGGUCCUACCUCACAAGGAGAUCAAACUGCCGGAAGUGCCUGUCCAGGCGACCACACCUAUGCAGCUCCAGCCAAUCAGCACACAUGUCCCACGCAUCCCAGUCCUCAUUCCCAGGCCGACGACGCGUCCCAUAAUCCACAUUCCCCGGGAGAAAGAGACUCUUGUAGUGGCGCAGACGCAGGUCUCGCAGGUGGACGAGUGCAAACUCAACAGGAAUAUCUGUGGUCACGGAGAGUGUAUCAACACACAUAACGGCUUCAUGUGUCACUGCAAGGCUGGAUACCAUCCUCACACCCAGAGGAAGAGCUGCGUAGAUGAGAACGAGUGUGACUGGGAGCCGUGUGGUCCCGGCCGAGGCACCUGCAUCAACACCGUCGGCUCCUAUCGCUGUAACUGUCACCCUGGCAACCAGCUGAUCGGACAUCACGUGAAACCGCGCUGUGUGGAUAUAAACGAGUGCUCUACACCGGAUAUCUGUGGGAACGGAGGACACUGUGUGAACCUGCCCGGCUCGUAUAAGUGUGAAUGCCUGCCUGGUUUCAGGAGCAAGUCACGAAGAUACCCUGUGUGUGAGGAUAUUAACGAGUGCUUGGACCCCUCGACUUGUCCUGAUGCACAGUGUGAGAACACAGUUGGAUCAUAUGAGUGUAUUCCCUGCCAGCCUGGACACAAGGUGCAUGGAGGAGUGUGUUACGAUGUGAACGAGUGUCAGAAGAGAGGAGUGUGUGUGAACGGUCGCUGUGAGAACUUACCCGGGACUUACCGGUGUCUGUGUAACGAAGGCUUCCUGCCAGAGGCUGACAGCAAGGGCUGCCGGGAUAUUAAUGAGUGCCAGGACACCCGUUUGUGUGCGAACGGGCACUGUAUAAACACAGAAGGCUCGUUUCAGUGCCAGUGUUACCCUGGAUACCAGCCGACCCAAGAGGGCAGCCACUGCGAGGAUAUAAAUGAGUGUGAGCGUGCAUCGAACUGCCAGAGGGGGCGCUGCAUCAACACCAUGGGCUCCUACCACUGCGAGUGCCAGAAAGGAUACAGAUUGGUUCAUGGACAGAGAUGCCAAGACAUAAACGAGUGUGAGCGGGAUAGAAGUCUGUGCCAACCCCAUGGAGUGUGUGAGAACAGGCAGGGUGGAUAUGUGUGUAUGUGUAACGAUGGCUUUAUUCUGUCUGACGACAAGCACAGCUGUGAGGAGGUGGUGCAGGAUUUGAACAAUAAGAAGGAAUGUUACCUGAACCUGGAUGACACCGUGUUCUGCGACAGCGUUCUAGCCACCAAUGUGACGAAACAGGAGUGCUGCUGCUCAGUGGGAGUGGGUUGGGGGGAUCACUGUGAGAUUUACCCCUGCCCCGUCUAUCACUCUGCAGAGUAUCAUUCUCUAUGUCCAGUGGGACGAGGCUUUUACCACGAGGAGGGAAUAAUGGAGUACGGCCUUCCAGUGCACAGAGACAUAGAUGAGUGUGUGCUAUUUGCAAAUGAAAUCUGUAAGGAGGGUCGAUGCAUGAACACACAGCCCGGAUUUGAGUGUUAUUGUCAACAGGGUUUUUAUUACGACAGCAACCUUCUCGAGUGUAUAGAUGUGGACGAGUGUCACGAAGAGUCUCUGUGCACUAACGGUCACUGCGUGAACACACGUGGCUCCUUUUACUGCACCUGUAAUGCCCCGUGGACUCCAGACAACAGCAACAAGAAGUGUAUCCUGCCUACAGACUUAGGCAUAAACGAAUGCCAGGACCCAAUGAACUGUAAAAACGGCCACUGUGUGGACACGCAGGAUUCCUUCUACUGCAUCUGUACGCCACCCUGGAUCCUCGGUACUGACCGCAACAGCUGCGUCACGCCAGAAGAACAGGCCGUAAUGUCUGUGGUGACCCUUUCAGAUGUGAAUGAGUGUCUGGACCCGUCGUACUGCAGGAACGGGAGGUGUGUGAACACUCCCGGCUCCUUCCACUGCAUCUGCGCUCAGCCGCUCACCUUCAGCGCCGCGCUCAGGCAGUGCGUCUAUGACGACCGUACAGCAGCUCAUAAGGACAUUUGUUUUCAAGAAGUGGAUGAAGAUCUGAUCUGCACCAUGCCACGGGCGGGGCUGGCAGUCACCUACUCUGAGUGCUGCUGCCAUUACGGCCAUGGCUGGGGCCCUGAGUGCCGCACCUGCCCACAGAGAAACUCAGUGAUCUUUAACAGGCUGUGUGAGAUGCACCUGGAGACCGAGUCAGAUGGAGACUCAGACUUUUUAGCACCUUUCAGUUAUAACCCAGAGAGGGACAGUUCAGAGGAAGACUCAGACGAGUGCAGCUGUGCUAACGGACGAUGUGUUCGUUCGUACCUGGGUACCAUGUGCGAGUGUAACCCAGGCUUCAGACUGGAUCAUUCACGAACGCGCUGUGUAGAUAUAGAUGAGUGUAUGGAGCGAGGGAUCGGCCGCUUGAACCCGUGUAAAAAUGCACGCUGUGUGAACACUAAAGGUUCCUUCAAGUGCAUUUGCAAAAAUGGCCAUUGUGCCCACAGACACAGCUCAAGACACCUAUACAUACACAAGAACACUAAAUAAACACACACACACACACAAGCUUUCGCUCGUCCUUAUCCGCCCCCCUGCCUGUAGUUUUCUGUGGAUUUGUAAACUUUCUUCAUUUUUUUAAUUCAGUUGUUUGAACUGAAGUUCCACACACUGUUUAUAAUUACAGAGUGAUGUAAUUUUUACUUGUACAUGUUAAGACUCCCCUUCAUCCCCCUCCCUCCUCUUCCUCUUCUUUGAGUUCUUUUUGCACAACUUUGGUCCUGAUGUUUCCAGAUGUGGGAAAAUCUCAUGCCUUUUUAAAUUGAGGAUGCUCUCAAGUGCGUGGAAUUUAUUAUUAUUAUUAUUUUUAAAUAAAACGUCUUUUAAUUUUUUUUUUAAGAUGUGAAAUGGACCUUGACCUUUUGACCUAAGAGACACCUCAGCUCAGUUAAUAAUGAUUGGGAGAGAAUUUCUGGGUGGAGUCUAUUUGCAGUAAGUACAAAUAGCUGUUUUUGCUGCGCGUUUGCUGAUCAUUCAGGAUUUAAAUGACCUGAACGUACAUGGUGGACACGUCUUCCAUGUUCAUAUGUUGCAAAUUGGCAUUUAUUACAUAUUUAUAUGUAUGAAGUUACAUUAUGCUAUUUACACUUAGUGCAAACCAAAGUGUACCCACAUAGAUAGCAGAAUAUACAGACUGUAACUAAGUGCGGACCGCAUCUUGCCUUAACUUGCACUAAUUGCUUAAAAAAAAAAGAAUCCUUUCUAUUUAAACUUGGUGCAAAUAGACCCUGGACAAAAUAUUUAAAUAAAAUGUUCAGCUCUUAUUCAAUGCUGGAUUUCAUUGUUGACCGUAAAGUGUUUUUCAUUGUAACAUAUAAAUACCUGUAUGUCAAUAUCAGACUUUAAAGUUCUCAGAAUGUUAAGGUUCGAGGAAUCUUUUGUACAAAGAACAUUUUUAGAUAAAGUUUGUAAAUGUUCCUGUCACACUGCAACAACAUUUUGGGCCCUAUUUAUCAAUGUGCAAAAGAUGUGCGUAAAAAUGUUCAGAAAGCAAACCGAUCAAAAAAAAAAAUUUAACCACGAAAAAAAAACCCUCCAUGAAAGGCAAAGUUCACAGGGAGCUGAAAGCAACAAAAAUGGCGAUGGAGUGGGAUUUUAUAUGGCGCCAUUACUUUUGUCCUAAUUGAAUGGCUUGUCUUAUUUGUUGUUAAUUUAUGGAUUUGUUUUGGAAUCGCUUUCUUUCUAUGAAAGCAUUUUCAGACAGCGAUUUCACACCCAUUCAGCUUGUGUUGAGAAGAUUUUUUUUCUUUAUUAAAAACAAAACAAAUGUUAUAUCGUUCAAACAAGUAUUUUAGCUGGAUAAAUUAGCGCUAGGGGGCGGCACGGUGGUGUAGUGGUUAGCGCUGUCGCCUCACAGCAAGAAGGUCCUGGGUUCGAGCCCCGGGGCCGGCGAGGGCCUUUCUGUGUGGAGUUUGCAUGUUCUCCCCGUGUCCGCGUGGGUUUCCUCUGGGUGCUCCGGUUUCCCCCAUAGUCCAAAGACAUGCAGGUUAGGUUAACUGGUGACUCUAAAUUGACCGUAGGUGUGAAUGUGAGUGUGAAUGGUUGUCUGUGUCUAUGUGUCAGCCCUGUGAUGACCUGGCAACUUGUCCAGGGUGUACCCCGCCUUUCGCCCGUAGUCAGCUGGGAUAGGCUCCAGCUUGCCUGCGACCCUGUAGAAGGAUAAAGCGGCUCGAGAUAAUGAGAUGAGAUGAGAAAUUAGCGCUAGGAGCGUUUCUUAUGAUUUCAUUUAUAAAAUCGAGAGAAAUUCUGCUGAAGGUAUCAAACAUCACAAGUUUUUAGAAAGCAGGUCUCCGAGAAGGUUCUAGUCAACAGAGAACUCAGCCUCCGUGUAGUUUCAGAUGGAAAGUUAACACUAACCUGAGAUUGAGCAAACCGAUGAAUCCAGAAUCCAGCAUUAUGUAUGAUAAGCUCUCUGGUCUUGUUCUCGUUCAAAGAUGUUUUUUUUUUUUUUAACUGGUCCUAAAUCUCAUGAUCCUGAAGAUUUUUUUUUUUUGGAGGGGGGGGAUAUUUAAAUUCUGUAAUUUUGUAAUUUACCAAGUGUGAUGAAGAAGUUGCACAAUGUGAGAACGGUGAUGACACAAAACAGAACCACAACUGGGUCGAUGAGGUGAAGUCAGAGGGAUAAAGAGCAAUAAAUCUGAGAUGAAGUGAAACCGAAAAUAAAAAUAAUAAUGAUGA